UGAAAUCAGUUUGCUCCAGCAUGCAGAAGAUCUUCGUCAAUUUAAUUUUGUUUCUGACUUAUUUGAGCCUUGGGAGGGCCAAAGAGAAGUACACAACAUUUGUGAUUUCUGGAAACCCACAUAACUUGGCUGUUAACUCGACCCCCUUUAUAAGGAUUGAUGACGGCUACUACAACUUCGGACAGGACAAAGUAAAUUGGUACGUCGCCUAUGAGAACUGUCGCAAGUUGGGAUCCGAACUGGUGACCUUCGAAACGGCCGAAGAGUUCGACGCUGUGACUGGCUACCUAAAAAACAAGGGAGAUCGCUCGGAGCAUUGGACGUCUGGAAAUGAUCUGGGAAAACGGGGAACCCACAAUUGGUUUACCGAUGCCACGCCUAUAAACAUCAAUCGCUGGGCACCCAAACAACCCGACAAUGCCGGAGGAAAUGAGCAUUGUAUACACUUGGGAUACAUUUACGGAUACUCAAAGGAUAUUCAGCUGAAUGAUCGACCCUGUAACAACGCCAAAAGCCUAUUUAAAUAUGUUUGUGAGGCGAAACAGGAAACUGUUUCCAUUGUCUUGUGGAAGUAGACCAAAUUAAAGCAUCUAAUAAAUUCAUUUGACGUCAGUUGGAUAGAGAGA